AUGGGAGACCAGUUCAAAAACACCAACUACGUCUUCAACCUCGUUCGUAGCUCAGGAAGACGUGAGAUACUCGAAAGGCAGAUGCGACUGCCCAAGCAGCUCUCCAAGAUACUCAACCUCCUCAAGAAGGAGCAGAAGGCAAUUCCAUUUCUGGCCAAAGUCACCAGGAAGGAGGCACCAAACUACUUCGAAGUGAUUUCAAGGCCAAUGGAUCUGGGGACGAUGACAAAGAAGCUUGGUUUGUACAGGAGCAUGGCCGAGUUCAAGGCCGAUCUCGAUCUCAUCUGGGACAACUGUCUCGCCUACAAUGUGUCAGCAGAAUACUAUAGAGACUGUGCAUUGAGCAUGAGAGAGGUAGCAGAUGGACUCUGUUCAAACAGAUCCAGGGCGUAUCCGAUGGUGCCACGGAUUGUGAUGCCUUCGAGACCACCUUCUGCCACGAGCACGAAGGAUGAGGCAAAGAAGCAUGUUCUGGAACACUUCAGGGCAGUUGGAUUUGAGAAUGCCAAUGUUACGGCAUUAGAGUUGGUUAUGGACGCAUUGAAUAGGAAAAUAAGACAGGGACUGGAAAAGGGUAGUUAG